AUGUCUGGCCGCGAAGGUGGCAAGAAGAAGUCCCUGAAGCAGCCCAAGAAGCAGGCCAAGGAGAUGGACGAGGAAGAUAAGGCAUUCAAGCAGAAACAGAAAGAGGAGCAGAAGAAACUCGAGGAGCUAAAAACGAAGGCCGCAGGGAAGGGCCCCCUGGCCACAGGCGGAAUUAAGAAAUCUGGCAAAAAGUAA